GGGGUGGUUGGGAAGAGCAUCCUCGCUGUCCCCACUCUCCCUCGGCUCGCAGCCGGGGCGCGCGGACCCGAGGACCGGCGGACUCGCACGCCGCCUGCGCUGCUGGGGGGCGCCGGCGCCCGGCGUCGUCGACGGCCAGCUCCAGCCCUCCCCGCCCAGUCGCGCCCCGCCCCGUCCCGUCGGGGCCGAUGGCUCCUCCCGAGGCCCGCAGCCCGGGGGGCGCAGGGUAGAGUGCCGCGGCCUGGCCUCGCCGCCCGGGGUCUCCCGGGCCCUCCCGGAGCCCCGCGGAGUCCCCGCCGUCCGUCUGGCGGGCUCAGGGAGCGAGUGGGAGCGCCCCCCACCGCCGCCCCCUCCCCCGAGCGUGGAGACAAGAUGCUGCCCGGGCUCAGGUGCUUGCUGCAAGGUCCCGCCUCGGCCUGCCUCCUGCUGAUGCUCCUGGCCCUGCCCCCAGCGGCCCCCAGCUGCCCCAUGCUCUGUACCUGCUACGCGUCCCCGCCCACCGUGAGCUGCCAGGCCAACAACUUCUCCUCCGUGCCGCUGUCCCUGCCGCCCAGCACCCAGCGACUCUUCCUCCAGAACAACCUCAUCCGCACGCUGCGGCCGGGCACCUUCGGGCCCAACCUGCUCACCCUGUGGCUAUUCUCCAACAACCUCUCCACCAUCUACCCGGGCACCUUCCGCCACCUGCAGGCCUUGGAGGAGCUGGACCUCGGUGACAACCGGCACCUGCGCUCUCUGGAGCCCGACACCUUCCAAGGCCUGGAGCGGCUGCAGUCGCUGCACCUGUACCGCUGCCAGCUCAGCAGCCUGCCCGGCAACAUCUUCCGCGGCCUGGUCAGCCUGCAGUACCUCUACCUCCAGGAAAACAGCCUGCUCCACCUCCAGGAUGACCUGUUCGCCGACCUGGCCAACUUGAGCCAUCUCUUCCUGCACGGGAACCGCCUGCGGCUGCUGACGGAGCACGUGUUCCGCGGCCUGGGCGGCCUGGACCGGCUGCUGCUGCACGGGAACCGGCUGCAGGGCGUGCACCGCGCCGCCUUCCGUGGCCUCAGCCGCCUCACCAUCCUCUACCUGUUCAACAACAGCCUGGCCUCCCUGCCCGGCGAGGCGCUGGCCGACCUGCCGGCGCUCGAGUUCCUGCGGCUCAACGCCAACCCCUGGGCGUGCGACUGCCGCGCGCGGCCGCUCUGGGCCUGGUUCCAGCGCGCUCGCGUGUCCAGCUCCGACGUGACCUGCGCCACCCCGCCGGAGCGCCAGGGCCGGGACCUGCGCGAGCUCCGCGAGGCCGACUUCCAGUCCUGCCCGCCCGCGGCGCCCACGCGGCCCGGCAGCCGCGCCCGCGGCAACAGUUCCUCCAACCACCUGUACGGGGUGGCGGAGGCUGGCGCGCCCCCCGCCGACCCCUCCACCCUCUACCGAGACCUGCCUGCCGAAGACCCGCGGGGGCGCCCGGGCGGGGACUCACCCACCGAGGACGACUACUGGGGGGGUUACGGGGGCGAGGACCAGCGGGGGGAGCAGACGUGCCCGGGCGCAGCCUGCCAGGUGCCCCCGGACUCCCGCGGCCCCGCGCUCUCGGCCGGGCUCCCCACCCCUCUGCUUUGUGUCCUGCUCUUGGCGCCCCACCACCUCUGACUGCGGUGCUGAAACUGCAGAGGCUGGGGUGGCCCCCAGCCCCAGCCCUCAGCUGCGGCUCUGGCCCAGUCCCCGCCCCCGGCCUUGCUGCCUCUCUUUCCACUCCCUGCUCCUCUCUCCCCUAGGACCAGGCCACCUGGGAUGCUGGCUUAAGGCAACCCCAAGAGGCCGUGUCUGGCGGCUCAGCCCGAUUCUCCCCAACUCUGGCCAUUAACUCGUCCCCAUCCCCAGGCUGGGGUGGGGCAUCCCAGGCAGGCGCUGACCCCUUCUCCCAGUGCCCACGGCGGACUCGAAAGGAGCUUUUGUCUGCAGAGCAUCUUCCACCAGCAGAGCCUUCGGAAGCUCGGGGAAGGAAGCCCCACCGAGAAGCCCCCCGGAGGGCCAGGCUGCCCCUCGGCCCCUGCUUCUCUUCGCCCCCCUCAGCCUCCCGACACUGGAGGAAUACUUUUCUCCUAAGUCUACCCUGGACACUUUUUAAGGUGCCUGGAGAGAACUUGCCUCUCCACCAUGGCCCCUGUGUGGUGAAGAUCAACAGAAGUUGUUUGGGAAAAAAGAUUUAUUAAAAAAUUCUAUUAUUUUA